AUGGACGCGUUCAACAACACGAGUAAAGGGGAAAAAAGUGAAUCUUUAUCAAAUGGAGAGAGUCAGUUUCCGACAGAGGUUGCUGCUACCGGGACUAGUACUACUGCCAGCACUCGAUUUCGACCAAUACCUCGAGACCCACAAAAUAUACGCAAAGCAACUCGAGUCAUUGACGCAGAAUUCGAUCUCGAGAUACUGUUACGACAACAAGAAUUACAUCAAAUACAAGUAGAACUCGAAAAAGCCGAAGUUACGCUCGAAACCUUGAAGAAUUGCUUGAUUGAAGUAAAAAAUGGUCAAACAUUUAUAACUCAAUCUUCUUCAGCCGGAAAUUCCCAAGUUGACUUUUCGCAUGACUCUCAGCAACAUCAGCGAGGCGGUGAUGUUAAUGGUACCGCAAACAUCAACAAUAUCCCUUCAAUAAUGCCUACGCGGCAAUCAACACGCAAGGUUGUAUCGACACGCGAUAAAGAUUACCUGUAUUUUGAUCCUUGUAGAGAUUUGUUCUCGAGAAGAAAUGACGGUACAUUUGUAAAAUUAACUUGUCCGGAAUGUCAUCGAUCGAGAUUUAUCAAUGUGCAAGGGUUCCUUAACCAUUGCCGUCUUUCGCACAAGAUUGAAUUUCCGAAUCACGAAGAAGCACUUUUAUUAUGUGGUACACCAGUGGACGAAAGCAUCGUGCCUCCUGAUCAUCCGGCUAGAUCCCGAAUUAUUACGAGACCGCCGUCACUUCGAUCAAUACUAGAUCAAAAAUACGACGAAAAUAUCGAUGACAUUGAAUUAGAGUCGGAAGAUAUAAGAGGAGAAAGGGGAAGUGAUGGACAAGUUGGCGACGGCUCUAUUUCAGGCUCACGAGAAGCGAGUCCAACUUCACCAGCUUUAGCUGUAUCUGCAGAAAUUCAUGCAACCGGAGAAGAUUCUUUUGAAAGUGACUCCGACGGAGAAAGUAUAGAUAUUUCUGCAGAAAUAAGCCAAUUCAAUAAAUACAAAGAAGGUCACACAAUUAGUAUUAAAGAAAAGAGGAUUGGUGCUAUUGAAGACGCGUCAUCGUCAUCGUCACCAUCACCAAAAGAAAUUAAUCUUCAGAAGAAACAAGAUAUUUCGCACAAAACUUCUCAUUCGGGCCUUGCAAUGGAAGCUGACAAUGCUGCGCGUAAUAACGAAAAAGAGGACAAUAAUCUUUAUAAUUCUAAUUUGAAUAAGAAAAACAAAUAUUUGGGCAUAGUAGAUAUAGAACCAGAAGAAUCGGGAUUAGUUGGAGAAAUUAUAUCACUGACAGGCAAGCAACCUUCAAGCAAUAACCAUAACUCCUCUAUUACUUCGAAAACAAAUGGCAAUCAUCAUUUGUUCACAGAAAAAACUACUACUCAUACCCAAGAAAUCACCACAAUUUCCGCUGUUGCAUUCACCACUCCUUCCUGUGGUAGUGUUUUCGAUCCGAUUGACGCUGGGUCACGCUUCUACGUCAAACGGCGCAUAGUAAUCGGAAACGUGUCGAAAUGGAUUCCGCCUGAAAAGCGGGAACCAAAGCUCGAGAAAUACACGCAUAAAUGGAUGGUGUAUGUUGUCGGACCGCCGCAUUCGUUGAAUGUUACGUCUUUUAUACGUAAAGUGCGGUUCUAUUUGCAUCCUAGUUAUCGACCUAAUGAUAUUGUGGAUUUGAAGGAAGCGCCGUUUCAGAUUACGAGGUUUGGGUGGGGUGAGUUUCCGGUGAGAGUACAAUUGUUUUUUGUUGAUAAGAAAAACAAGCCGGUGGAUGUAAUACAUCUGUUAAAACUCGAUGAAACACACUCCAGUAAACAGAGAUUAGGAGAUGAACGUGCUUAUGAUCUUGAGCUUGACAGAAAUACCGAAUUUAUGGCGCCACGCGAAGAAAAAACGGAAACAAAUUUAACUAAUGGCACAAAAAUCAACACGCAUCCCGAUGGUUUAACAAAAAAUCCGAAUGGCGCACAUCUUAAUAGUAGUAGUACAACGACUUCUAGUGAUAUUUCUGAUUCAUUGGAAUCAUUGUUAAAUGAAGUAGUUCACUCUUAUCCGAUUAUUCGGCCCAAUUCUGAGAGUUCUAGGAAUGAUUCUCUUCCCUAUACUACUGCUCCUUCAACUGAGAUAUUUCUCGCAUGGGAAUUGAGCCUUCGAGCAUCAAUAGAAUGGCAGAGAGCAAGAGCGAUGCGAAUAAUGGUUCAAUCUAUAUCGCAAUCGAUGGCCGAUGAAAAAAUACAAGAGGCUGCUGCUUCAUUGACAACGAAACUAGUAGUUUUAUGGUGUCGAAAGAAAAAACUUACGCCAAUAUUGCCUGAUGAAAGUGAUUCCACAUUCGAUGCCUUUGACAAAUCUCUAGAGUCGUUAGAGUCUCCAAUAGCAGCUCAACAAUUAGUCACAUCUCCCGAGUCAUUCUUGUUUUCCUCGUCCUCUUUAACAGUUCCUACGAUAUAUUGUAAAUAUUGUGGAUGUCCCAAUUCGUGGCAUGAAACCGAGUUUACGGAGGAUGGGUUGUCUUCUCUUGUAAAAAUUAAAUGUAAAAGACUGCCGCGUGCGCUUCGUAAAUCCGGGAAGCUGUGCGGUUUAACGUUGGCCAGUGAAUCUAUUGAAGAAUUAGGCAAGGAUUCCUAUCAAGAAGAGGAAAAUAUGGAGAUGGAUAUUGAUAUUGGCAAUUUUGAUGAUAAGGGAGUGGUGAAAAAUAUUUUCAAUCCAAAUACAUUGUCUCCAGAAGAUGAAGAAUCCAAUAAAUGGCUCACAAUAAAUAGCAUGCUGGAUCCUCAUGGGAUUGACUGGGUAUGGGAUGUAGUCGCAGAACUCGAAAUGAAAAGCGUCGUAGCUACAAAUAUAUCCACAUUGGAUGACAACACUAUUUCUAUGAAAGAUGAUUCAAUUGUCGCGGUUGAACAACGAUUGAUGACUGGAAAUUUAUUAUUUCAGUUAACGAAGAUAUUCUUAACAGACAUUCUGAAUAAAUCUGUAGAAAUUUACAGAGACGAAGAAAAUGAUUCAAUCUCCACAACUCAUAGCAAGAAUUAUUCUCAUAUAUCCAUAAAAAAAGAGGAGGGGGAACGUGACUCAUCAUGGCAAGAACAUUCCAACAACAUGGAUAUUGACGAAUCUUCAGCUCCGAUGAUAGAAGAAUCAAAAAAACACGUUUCAUCAUCACCAUCACUUCAUCCUUCUUUACCCCCACAUCCGACUAAACUUUUGGUCCCAUAUCAUAUUUAUCAAGCCAUAGAAAGUAACCCCAAAACAGACUUUUUGACAGGAAAAUACUUAGCAUCGGUGAAUUCUAGUAAAACACACCGAUCGAAAAAAGCAGAAUCCUCAAAAAAAGAAAAGAAAUAA